CAUAUGCAAACGUUUGCGGAGGCCCUGAAUUCAGAUGAUAUUGUCACAGAUGCGAACGACCCUCCCACGCCAACCAGUCACCCUGGAGGGGCCCCUACGCCCCACGGAGAGCGGGUGCGGAAAGUGUCUGCUCUGUCCGACUUUGCACCCGUGAACGUAAAGGUACACAAGAGGCGGAGGAAAGAAAGCGGAGCACCUGACAGACGGCAGGACCUCCUAUUCAUCAUUGUCCGAUGGCCUCUAUUGAUCAUAAUCUUCGCCUUCAUCCUCGCCGAGUUCGGAUUCUACGUCCUGAUACGACAGCUCGUCAACACGCAGGAGUGGCUUUCUGCAUGGAGAGGGCGCAGGGGACAACUAAGGAAACAGUUGCGCGCCGCGAAGACGUAUGAGGAAUGGAAGCAAGUUGCCCUGGAAUUGGACGAAUAUAUGAGGUUCAAUCAGUGGAAGACUACAGACGAAGAUCCUUUCUACGACUGGCGACUGGUCAGGAAGGUCCGCCGGUCAUUGAAGACUCUUCGAGAGAAAGAUGAUGCUAGGGGCAUCCUCGGUGUGCUUGAGACAUGUAUCCGUAACAACUUUGCAGGAAUAGAAUCCCCUAGACUAUACAGCGAAACGUUCUACGGUACUAAGAACCUAAUUGAGGAUUACAUCAAUGAACAAGAGAAGGCUCUGCGAUACGUUCUCGAUACCUCGCAUCUUUCCAAGGAAGAGAAACGGCGAUUCUUCAAGACUGUCAAUACCAAUCUGGGCGCCUCUGCCCUAUGUUUAUCUGGCGGUGCAUCCUUCGGGUACUAUCAUCUGGGCGUAGUGAAGGCUUUCCUUGAUGCUGGUUUACUGCCGCGAGUCAUCACCGGCACCUCCGCAGGUGGCCUUAUAGCUGCCUUGGUCUGCACUCGGACAGAUGAUGAGCUGAAGCGACUGCUUGUUCCCGAGCUUGCCAAUAGGAUCACAGCAUGCGAGGAACCGUUCAGUGUCUGGUUCAAACGUUUUUGGAAGACCGGGGCCAGGUUCGAUGCUGUUUCAUGGGCGAAGAAGGCCACAUUCUUCACUCGUGGCUCCCUCACGUUCCGAGAAGCGUAUAUGCGAACUGGUCGCAUACUCAACAUCUCCGUUAUCCCCGCGGAUCGACAUUCCCCUACGAAGCUACUGAACUACAUGACAGCCCCUGAUACCAUAAUAUGGACUGCUCUGCUUGCGUCCGCUGCCGUGCCUGGCAUCUUGAACCCUGUGGUACUGAUGCAGAAGACCAGGGAUGGUCGGAUCGUCCCUUGGAAUUGGGGAAGCAAGUUCAAAGAUGGGUCGUUAAGGGUGGAUAUACCCUUGCAGUCUUUGAAUCUUUACUUCAACGUGACGCACCCUGUGGUCUCGCAAGUCAACCCGCACGUCCAUUUAUUCUUUUUCGCUCCUCGAGGAUCCCCAGGCAAACCUGUGGCCCAUAGGAAAGGCAAAGGAUGGAGAGGCAACUUUUUGCUGUCUGCGGGGGAGCAGUGGCUGAAGCUGGAGUUGACGAAGAAUUUCAAGGUCAUUCGUGAUUUGGAGCUUCUGCCUCAGUUAUUGGGUCAGGAUUGGUCAAGCGUAUUCUUGCAGAGAUUUGAGGGUGUUGUGACGAUCUGGCCUAGGACGCGGGUUAAGGAUUGGUUUCAUAUACUAAGCGAUCCUGACCCUCCGGAACUCGCGCGGAUGAUGCAGGCUGGGCAGAUAGCGACCUGGCCCAAGCUGCAUAUGGUAGAGAACCGGUUCCGCCUAGAGAAGCAGAUUUACGAAGGCCGGCAGGCCAUCCGUAAGGCGAUGCAGAUGCGCGGGAAGGAUGUGGGCGUUAUCAGGCAGGAGCAAGAGCAGCCACAGGAUAGCACGGUGCCCGACCCUGUUACCGGCACGCGCGUCCCGCACAUCGACGUUACCGACCCUUCGUCCCCGCCCAAGACCGAGAUGCCGCUGGCGAUGGACACUGAUGCGGAGGCCGCGUUCGCGCAGCGCUCCGAAAGGUUCUUCAAGCGUCCGCGGCACCAUACGUCCCCCAGGACAUCUACCAUCAGCGCUAAACAGGACCUGCUGAUUUCGCCCAGUGUCAGGCGUCGUUGGGUAUCCGAGCUUUUCGACCACGCACCUAGCGGGCCUGCCAUGUCGGAAAAGAAGUCGCCGGAGCCUGAAGGACCGCGCCCCGCGAACCCGCCGUCGCCCACGUCGGCGCUCUUGACGCGGUUUCGGAAGCCAUCAUUCCAGAUGAUGUCGCCGUUUUCGAGUAUGAGGAAGAAGGAACAGGUGGAGGAGGCGAACGAGGGUGAGGAGGAGUGGGGGAGCGAUAGCUCGUCGUCGGAGACCUUUAUCGUUGAGCACAACGGGCACACGCAGUCGCCUGUUGUCCUGCCGAGGGAAGUGCAGGCGGCGAGUUCCAGCUCUGAGGACCAGGUGUAGUGCCGCAGUCCCAGGCAAGGUUAUUUAUCUUGCAUUCAAGGACUUGCAUUUGUACGUUACCCUAAUUGCACAUAUUGUAUCUUGGAUUCUUGGAUUGUUCUGUGGCCGCG